AUGGAACAUCAGAAAAGCUACAUAUAUGAGCCACCUUCGACAGAAGAACGGGCGCCAAAGCGACAAAGAACCGGCAAAUUCGACCCGCAGGCGCAACUACCAGAACGGCUAGCCAGGUAUCGGCAGUUGUGGGCACAGCAAGACGAGCGCAUUCAAAGUACUUUGGAAGGGGCAGAUAGCGCCACCCAGGAAAAGAUCGUCAACUUCAUCUCCGCUUCCAGCGCAUCGCCAGAUGAGCCCAAGUUUGCCAUACCAACAGCGCUCAUCGUUGCCGGUCCUAGCAUUGCAUCCCAUGGCCCUUUUUUCGAACGCCUGGGUCGGGGCAUCAGAGCUGAAAACUGCGCAUAUGUUGUGCUGACGUCCAGCGAAUGUCCAAAUUUGAAAACGCUACUGAAAACGCUCAUCAAGAAGGUUACUUCGCGCGUGGACGAUGAGGAUGAGGAUGAUGUAGACCGUCCAGCUACGUCUUCGAGGCAUGGUCCAAAGUUACUCAAUUACGAUCUUGGUCAUGUUCAAGAAUGGCAAAAGAAGAAUCGCGCUUCUAGCAUCGUUGUCGCUUUGCAGGAUAGUGAGGCUUUCGACGUCGCACUACUCGUCGAUGUAGUUGAUCUUCUUCACUCAUGGCUCGAUCGUCUACCUUUCGUUCUACUCUUUGGCAUUGCUACUUCGGCAGAGAGCUUCGAGGAGCGAUUGGCAGGCAACUCACUCCGCUACCUUGAAGGCCAGAAGUUUGACGUUACCCAAUCUGACGAGAUCAUUGAGAAGCUGUUUCGCGCGACGGUUGCCAGCACAGACUCUCGACUUCACAUUGGACCUAACCUCUGUCGCCGUAUGUUGGAUCGACAGAAAGAUCAUGUUCAGAACACACAGGAUUUCUGUGAUGGGCUGAAGUACGCUUACAUGUCGCACUUUUAUGCUAGCGUACCCAGCGUCUUCCUCACGCAUGAUGUUACACCCGGAGACCUAUCAGCAGAUGCGUUCGAAGCUGUUCGCACUCUGCUAUCGUUUCGCCAGUGGGUUGAGCGCAUGCUAGAAGCUGGCCAGGCACAAGAUGUACGAAGGGUACUGGAAGACAACAAGUACCUGUUCGACCAGAUUGCACAUCAUCUACAGUCUGGCCAACGCUCCAUGAUAUCAUUGAGCCACGCUGCUGAAGUACUAGCGAACAUCCGCGAAUCGCUUCAGAUGUCACCCAGCGUCCGGCUUUCAUCUAUCUGGACCCGAGCAGCAGCUGGCGAGCUAGCUGGAUCGCCCCUCAUCCGCGAAACGAUGUUGUCCAUCAAGAAGAUUCCAUCCGACAGACUGGUACAUUUGCUAGCAUCGCUACGAGAUCUUGAAGACGACAACCUCUCGUUGGGCAUUGCUUCAGCUCAGCAGACGCUCGACACCCUGCUACAAAACGCCGAUGCACCGCUCCGCACGCAGCACGAUGUCCGCAACGACAGUGUACGAACCACUGUCGUGGCACAAAAAGUACUUCUGAGCAAGCACAAAGCUGCACUGUCCGAGCAAGACAAGGCAUACUCAGACCUGGUCACAGAAUUUCACGACAAGCUCGAGGCGUAUUUCACCUCCUCGUUCAUCGACCCGAAGACGUUGACUCUGAAUGAGCUCUUCAUAUACGACCUAAAGUCACCACACACAGAGGUCUUCCAACCCAAGCCGCGCUUUGCUGUUGAGCGUGCACUAGCUUCUCCUCACGACUAUCUGGGCUGCGAAUGCUGUAGUGGAGUCGAUGGAAACCCGGCAGCUCUUUCUGCAACACAACCCGCAACAGCCAUUGUGUAUCAGAUGUACCUCGAGUCCGGCACGUUGAUCAAUGUCACCGAUCUUUGGUCGGCAUUCAACGCCAUUGCAGGAGACGGAACAGAAGAGAAUGAGCCCAACACCAUGGCACUAUUCCAGCGAGCACUAGCCGAACUGCGAUACCUCGGCCUCGUCAAACCCAGUCGAAAGAAGACGGACCACAUUUCCAAGAUCAUGUGGAAAGGACUUUGA